AUGGAUCAAUAAGUCUCAUCCAUGGGUUCUGCUACUUAUAUCAUCCACAAACACGGGUUUAUACUUUUCCCUAUAUAGUUCUGACCCAUCGCGAAACUGUUUCCCGCACCAGCACUAUGGCAGGGUCCGACAAGAUUAAGAGAAUAAACGGCAAACAUAUCAAGCACCGGGCCAACAUCCACAUCAGCCUGGUAGUGGAGCGAGAGACCACGUUCCUCGUGAAGUCAUCCACGCCGUUUGUAUCGGCAUUGAAGCGUAUCCACAAAAUGCUCGACAAGUUCAACAAAACCAUCACUACCAACACUCGAAAAUACCAGGGAGGAGACUACAAAAACGUCAAGUUCAUCACCGUCAAAGGAAUGGGAAAGACCAUAGAAACAACUCUCGGCAUAGCCAACAAGCUUCAGAACGAAGCCAACUAUAGGGUGGAUGUCUUGACUGGAUCUGUCGAGGUAUUGGACGAAUUUGCGCCUCCAGACUCGUCAGACGGACCCCCAAAAGGUGCCAUACAAGAAACGGUGUUCCAGAAGCGGAUGGUAAGCUACGUGGAGCUCCAUGUGUGGUUGAAGCGAGAGUAGGUACAAAUAGAGUUAUAUACAUUAUGAUACAUGACACCUUCAUUUUAAUUCGAGCUUGUGCAAACAUUUCUCCUUGAUAUGGACAAGAUCAGUGAUGUGCCGCUCAACCCUGUUGCUCUUCUUCACUUUUGUGUCGAGGUCUUCUCGAGUUGUUACUGGGUGUUGAUGGACCCCGAAAAGCGUCUCGGCCUGUGCGAUGAGCUCAAGACACUUUGGAUAAUUCCGGUCAUAGUAGGCCUUUUCACACGCAUUCAACAUCCGCAUCCGGUCGGUCUUCUUGUCUUUAUCAAGGUCUUCCAAGGCUUGUUCGUCGUACAACCAGGUGUCGGUAUUGAUAGUUGGUCCUGAUUGAGUGAAGAGGUGCUUUUGGAACUGAUACUCUUCUUCACUCUGAGGCUUCCGGACUUUUUUCUUCAGUUUUUUUGCUGGUAGUACUGUGCCACCGCCAACGUGUGCAUUCACCGGCUGCUUGUCUGCUGGUGCAGCCUCCGCCCCAAUUUGUUCUGCUGUCACAUCCAUGCUGUA